CAUAUGACUGCGACGUCAUGUCACAAUAAACUUUCAUUUUAAGUUUUUUUUAAGGAAACGCAAACUCCUAUGAAGUGAAAAAUGGGAUGUUGUUUUUCCUCUCGCAAUGAAGACGCAGAGAGAGAACCGUUGCUUCAGUCUAAAGAACAAAAUCAGCCAGAAUCUGCAAGGCGACACCCAGCUGCUGCUUCUAAUGGCCAGAAGACAGGCAGCUUUACUGCCCGGCACGUCGGCAUUCCUGACCUCGACCAGCGCUUCAAGGACAUUUCGGAAAUAUUCAACAAACAGCAGGAGCAAUAUCAACACAUGAAGGAAAAGCUCCAGCGCAUCUCAGACCGCUACAAGUUGUCCACUAAUGACAGCAUGUCACAGUGCCUGAAAAAAAUGAAAGAGGAACAUGGUCAAUCAUUUAUCAUUCUGGAGGUUAAAGGAUAUGACUUCGCCCUUGUAGUGAGGUCAGAGGCUGAAAUUCCAGACAAACUGAAGCGGACGCAGAUGAACAUCACAGAGCUGAGCAAAGCUGCCAAGGGUGUCAUGUCUGGAGGCACUAAACUCCAGGAAAUGAUUGACUCGGUUCUGCAAGAUGAAGAAAGCAUCACCAAGCAGGUCGAAGACGCUACAUCAAGUCAUCAAGAACGUAAAAGGCUAGUUGACAAUCUAAAGGAAAACCUCAAAGAGGCGAGAAGAGCUAAAGAACUGAGUCCAAAGUACAGGAACGAGGCUGGAGAUCUUUUAAAGGAGGUGGCUCAGUUGUCUGGUAUCACACCGUGAAAUUAGAUACUGUAUCAAGCUGUUUGCAAAUAUGUUAUUAUGUAAAUAUUAUUGAAAGGUGUGAUGGAUAUAUUUAGACCUAGGUGGAAAAAUUACUGCGUUGUAAUUCCAGAUCAAAGUCGUUCUUUUGUUUGAGCGAGUGUUGCAGUAUGUCAGGAUGUUCAAAUUAAAAGAGCAAUGUUCUUACAGUUUUAAGGGAUAUCUUGGUUCGUUGCAGGACAGAGUAUUUUAACAUCACAAAAUUACACACAUAUGAUUUAGGUCAUGUGAUAUAUAUCUAAAAUCACAUUAUAACUUGCUAAACAAUAAAGAAACUGAAUGCAGAAGUGAAGCAGAAUGAUAUGAAUAAAUGCACAACGAAUGUUUUGAUAGUGGGCAGUAAAACAAGUGUUAAAAAAAAUAAAAAAUGUGAACCUAAGUGAUUCUAUGUUAUUAUAUAUUUUAUGCAUUUGUUAAACAAUUGUAUAGAAAUGCUACAAGUGCACUAGUUAAAUUAACAUAUUCAUCCAUUUUGUCUAAAUAUUCUGUAAAAAAAAAAUUAAUCACACAUACUGUAAAUGUUUUUACAGUAAACAUGUACUUUGCAUUUGAUGUUUAGGUUAUAAAGCAUGCUUUGUCCAAAGUACAACAUAGUACCAUGAUACUACAGUGUAUUUAAGAUAUGUAAAAUUAUAUUUAAUGGUGGGGAAAUAUAUUUGGCUUUUUUGUAUAAGUAUGCACGGUACCACAAUACAUUUUAUGUGUCAAGGGACUAAAAUGUUUUCUUGGCUGUAAUCACAUUUGUGUUUGUUAUUAAAUGUAUUAAACAAUAAAAGUAUAUUAUUACA